GCGAGUGGAAAUUGUGCAAAAUCGGACUGUUCCCCAUUUUCUCCGUAUUUUCCCUCAAGACAACAACACUAACUUGCUGUUUCUCAUCCGAAAAAACCCCAUUUCUUAUCGCAGAGACAGUGACGGAGCUUGAGUGAGUGCUCGAAGUGGUGAUUAGGCGAGAAAAGCAGCAGUUUUUCUGUGCGGUGGAAAAAAGAAACUUCCGCGAGUGGGGAGAAAAAAGGCAAAUGGUGAAUGUGGAGCACUUGUGAAUUUUCAUGUUCCAUAUUUUCUGCGAAAGCUCGCCCUUCUGCCUCAAUCGAGCCCACAAUGUGGAUGCUGGUGCGAUAGUUUGGCGUUGUGGGGCCCGAGAAAGUGAGCUUGUGGACUUGGAGAGCGCCCCAAAAGUGCGUCUCGAGAGUGCGUGAGUUAGAGAAAAAGGCGCAGAAACGGCACAAUCUCAAGGCGAAUUACUCAACCACUCGCCAUCUCUCUCUCUGGACAACGCACAAGAGAGGCUUUUGUGUGCUUCGCAUAACUUCUUGCAGCAAAGAGAAUGAGUUCGACAGCAGCACCAUCUGUUGAAGCUGCCGAGAGCAUUCUGAACGCAUCAUCGAGGACGAAUCACUUCGUGACACGCGUGGCGGAGUCCGCGGCGCCGGCCAUGGCGAUGGAUCCGCUCAGUCAUGUGGGUGACGGCAUCUUCCUGCAGACGAAGACGGCCCAGGGAAUCGCGGGCGCCUUCGUGUGGGUGGCGCUCUUUCUCACGUGUCAACAGAUCUACCAACACUUGCGGUGGUACACAAAUCCUCAGGAGCAGCGCUGGAUUGUGAGAAUUCUGUUCAUUGUUCCAAUUUAUGCGACAUACUCCUGGAUAAGUUUAUUGUUCUUCAAUUCCGAGAGUGUUUAUGUUUACUUCUUCACGGUGCGCGAUUGCUAUGAAGCUUUCGUCAUUUACAACUUCCUUUCGCUGUGUUAUGAGUAUUUGGGCGGCGAAGGGAAUAUCAUGUCUGAGAUCCGCGGGAAGCCAAUAAAGUCAUCAUGUCUCUAUGGAACCUGCUGUUUAUCGGGAAAAACGUACACAAUUGGAUUUUUGCGCUUCUGCAAGCAAGCAACACUUCAAUUCUGCCUCGUGAAGCCUCUCAUGGCGUUCAUUAUCAUCUUUCUGCAGGCUUUUGGACACUAUCACGAUGGCGAUUGGAGUGCUGAUGGCGGCUACAUUUACAUCACAAUCAUCUACAACAUCUCCGUGUCUCUGGCGCUGUACGGCUUGUACUUAUUCUACUUCGCCACGAAGGAUUUACUCACGCCCUUUGAGCCCGUGCUCAAGUUCUGCACCAUCAAGUCCGUGAUUUUCCUGUCCUUCUGGCAGGGCGUCGGUCUGGCCAUUCUCGAGAAGGCCGAGGUAAUCUCGCCCAUUGUGGACAACGACGGCGCCACGACGUCCGCCGGUACAGUGUCUGCGGGCUACCAGAACUUCUUCAUCUGCCUUGAAAUGCUCUUCGCCGCCGUGGCGCUCCGGUACGCCUUCCCGUAUCAAGUGUACGCGCAGGGAUGCAUGACUGACUCCCACGGCAGAUCCGUCACGAUGCAGUCCAUUUCGAGCAGUCUCAAGGAGACGAUGAAUCCCAAGGACAUCAUGACAGAUGCCAUUCACAAUUUCCAUCCUCAGUAUCAGCAGUACACUCAAUACAGCUCAGAAGUGACAUCGACGCAACGCUACGAGAAGCUGUAAAAAAAACAGAAAUAAUUUGCUAAAAUGUGAAAAAAAACACUUUCUAUAUAUUGAGAAAACAUUCUUUUCAAUCUUCAAUUUAUGAUUUUGGGACAAGACAACAAACAAAUGGAAGAAAAAGAAAACAUUGCUUUAAUUCAAAGAAAUUGUCACCCUAAACAACACGCUUGUGUGAUUUUCUCAAUAUUACCUGAAAAAAAUAACUUCUUAACAAACAUUGACGAUGUUUUGGAUUGUGAAAACAAGUGAAAUUAGACACAAAAUUAAUUGUAUUUUUUAUAUUCGUAUUAUUUUAUAUGUUUGUUUAGCCGAUGUAUUCUUAAUUUCCCCUCUUGAUUGUAAUUGUAAAGAAAAGAAAAAAAGCCUCUGACUUUUCCUUCAAUGUAUUUUGCACUCUGUGACAAAUUGAGCUUCUAAAAAACUUUUUCAAGAGAUUUUUUUUUCUAUACUGAAAAUACUUGUGAUAGAGUUGUUUUUUUUCUUUGCUUCUUUACAAUACUUUUGCUGUUGGAAAGAAAUAAAAAUGAAAAAAAUGGUGAAGUGACUUAAAAAUUUGCGUGCAAAGUGAAUAAAAAAAAAUAACAUUUGCAGAAGUGAGGAAAAAUUGAUAAUUGGCGCAAUUUUCUGCAUGUCUCUUCUUCUGUUAAUUUCUCUUCUCCCUCUCUCUCUCUCUCUCUCACUGGCAUUAAUGAGUUUGAUUGGGAAGUGAAUGAAGUGUCAAACAGAUGAAUUCAGGCAAUCAAAAGGCAAUGGAAUUGCGGUGUAAUGUGUGAGAAAAAAGGGGGGAAAAAGGAAGAACAACGAAUGCACUUUCCAUUAUUUUAAUUUUAUUGAUUUCAUGUAAAUAGCAGAAACACACAACUGUAUGUUCUUCUUUCUCUUAUAGUGUGUAAGAUACGCUAGGGAUAUUAUAGUGUGUUUUUUUUUUCUUCUUCUUUAUUAAGUGUUUCAGAAAUAUAAUGCUAAUGUUUGCAUGGAUUUCCUAAUAUUUUGUAAUGAUAUAUUAUUAUUAUUAUGUUUUUGAGAGAGAGAAGGAAAUUUUGAUAUUCAUUCGUGAUUUUGAAAUAUAAUUUUAAAUGGAAUGAUGCAUUCAUUGAGUUAGUGACAGCAAUAAAUACAUUGUACUUAAUUUUAUUACUAUUCACAUCGUGAGAACGCGGGUUCACGAGUGCGCCCAACAGAGAAACAUUCGUUUAAUGUAAUUCUAUUCUUAGAUUGAUUAUCCAUUAAAUUAUCUCUUUAUUUUUUUUUUAAAUAAAUAAAAUCUAAGCAUAGUCAAAUGGGCUGUUGAUUGAUCUUUCUGGCGAUAGAGUGCGCUGUGCGCUCGCAGGCGCGCGAACUUUUGAAAAAUAAUGUGCUGUCUCUCCGAUAGGUGGCAAAAACUCGCGUGGCAUUCGGGUGGCCUCGUACGAUCCUGACGAUCCGGCCAAUCAGCCCACUGCCGCCCCCUCGAGUGCCACCCACCAGAGCUACGUGGCGUCCAA